AUGGUACUUGUUAACGGUAUCAAAUAUGCGUGCGAACGAUGCAUCCGGGGCCAUAGGGUGACAACUUGCAACCAUACAGAUCAGCCUUUGAUGAUGAUCAAGCCCAAAGGCCGGCCUUCUACAACUUGUUCGCAUUGCAAAGAACUCCGGAGGAACAAAAAUGCCAAUCCUUCCGGAUCCUGCACUUGUGGGCGUCAAGAGAAGAAACGACUGGCCCAAAAGGCCAGAGAAGAAGCCCGUAGCAAUGGUGGCAAGAACGGCAAGGACACCAGUAGCUGUGACUGCAUGGAAACUGACAAGUGUUCGUGCCAUCGUACGCGGAAAACACACCGUCGAAUAAUGGCUUCGUCGUCGUCAUCAUCCAAAACGAAGUGCGGUGCUGGACCAUCGUCUGUAUCCAUAACCUCGGGCGAUUCUCCCACAAUGUCUUCUGUGGAUGGCCCAGAGCUCAUGGGUAGAGUUGGAAAAAACCAGGGACUCGGCUCGAUCCCGUCGUUCCACUCGUCUCAGUCGCUAGAUCGAGAUUUCAGUCUUGCUCAAAGUCCGCCGUUUUCUCCGUCUCUUUACGGCAGCAGUGCUAACAACUGGGAAACCAGUUCAAUAACCAGCUCUCUUUUGUCAGAGUCCAGGCUGAAUUUACAAGAUCGCGGCUACGCGGCGUCUGUUCCGAUACCUGAGGAACAAAGCCUAGAUAGCGAAAAAAACACAUUGGAAGAUGGCGAAACCAGGAAGGAAGACUCUACGGCAUUCAUAGACGAAUCAUCUGAAGUCCAUAAUCUUCACGGCAGUGGUCUCGAAAGCUUUGGGUUCCAGCAUCGGGGUGGGUGGGCUCAAUGUGAUACGAAACAUAGCAGCAUGGACUUGUUUGCCGAUACUUCGGAAUUUGGCAACACUAAUUACCGAACCUUGAAGCAACACCACCACACCAAAUUGCCGGGGCACGGACACUUUUCUUCAGACAAAGCAUGGAUCCCCGAAUCUCCACACUCCACUACUGUGAAUUCACGAUCGACAUCGAUCCUGAGAGACGUGCCGAAAUCAUUCACAUCAAGACCCUCUAUCGAUAGCGCUAACUCUGAUUUUUCAAGGUUCACCAUUAGCGGAAAUGGCACCAAAGAGAGAUCUAUAACAUCUGGGUCAGAAAACAAGCAGCCAUAUAUCACAGCGCGACAAUUGCAAUCACAGAGUGUCCUGUAUAAUGACACUGUAAACCCCACAUCUUUCAAUAUCGAGGAUGAAAACUCACAAAGCGUGGAAGUUUUGUCCCUAACACCCAGCUUUAUGGAUAUUCCGGACAAUUCUAAUUUGUAUUCUGCGACUUCUAACCCAUUUCUCAACUCACUAGGAGGAGCUGAAAUACGGCAGCGCUCCGUCAGUAUUCACAAAAAUCAUCGUUAUGAUCAGUUUUCGAAAGAACAAACAAACACAAAAAGUAAUUCGUCGCUUAGUGUGGCGGACGAGAACACUAAGAAUGAUCAGCUGUCAUCGAGGCUUUCUGGGCGUGAAAGCUCCAACACCGGCUCGACAGGUCCGCUAAGAGCGUCUAUUAAAAACUCUCCGGCCAGCGAGAAUGAUGCAGCUGCUAUCGUAAGCCCGCCGGGGAAUGGAUUAAUGACACGGCCAAUGGAGCCGGCUAAUAGCUUUACUUCGGAUUUCGACAAUAUUCUGAGUUACAAUACUAAUGAUGACAUGCAUUCACUUCUCUCUGUGGGCCAGAACUCUCAGCUUGCUCCAACAUUGUUUUCCGAGCCGGUUGGCGAUUUCAGUUUCAAUGACAUCGACAAGUUGAUGUCUGAUCCUUGA